AUGGAGAGUAUCCUGGAUACAGCCAUCGUUGAUCGAGGGAGGAAUGUGGUGUCUGGUUCUCGAGAUGGGACAGCACGACUUUGGGAUUGUGGGCGCUCAGCCUGCUUGGGAGUCAUUGCAGACUGUGAUUCUUCCAUUAAUGGAGUGGCAGUGGGUGCAGCUGAUAACUCCAUAAACCUUGGCUCUCCUGAGCAGAUGCCUAGUGAACGGGAGGUUGGGACAGAGUCGAAAAUGCUACUGGUGGCCCGGGAAGAUAAGAAGCUUCAGUGCUUGGGACUACAGAGCAGGCAGCCGGUGUUCCUCUUUAUUGGUUCAGAUGCCUUCAACUGCUGUGCUUUUCUCUCUGGCUUCUUGCUGUUGGCUGGAACACAAGAUGGAAACAUUUAUCAGCUGGAUGUGAGAAGUCCAAGGGUUCCAGUGCAAGUCAUCCAUAGAUCAGGAGCACCAGUUUUGUCCCUGCUGAGUUUCAGAGAUGGAUUCAUUGCUACCCAAGGUGAACCAGAGGCCAAUUAAGAGAUAGAAGCCACUAAUUCAGUUAA